CUCUGACGAAUUACAAGAUGAGUGUCUGGAGUUGGCUUACUUUCCCUCAGGGGAUGUUCCUGUACCUUGCUCUCCAAAUAGCUGCUGUUCAGCUCCCCCAUGAACCUCACAACUGUACCAGCAAUGGUCAGAAAAUCUCCUUCAGCCACUCAUACAAGAUUGAUCUACCCAAAUCAUCCCAGAUCAAGGUGGAGGAGGACCCGUUGCCGCUCAAAGACGACAGUCAUGUGCUGCUUGCUGCUGGGGAUGCGGAUGAGGAGGAGGAGCAGAAUAUCAUAUUCAGGCACAACAUCCGAGUUCAGACACCGAGAGGUGACUGUGAAGCUUUGGGACACAUGAAAGAUCUGGUGGAAAGGAUGGAAAAGAUGGAGAAAGAAAUGAUGGUGCUCAAGGAGGCCUGCAGUGUACAGAGGUGCUGUGGGGGAGUCCAAGGUGUCUCGAAUUGCAGUGGCCAUGGAACUUUCAUCCAAGAGAUCUGUGGAUGUGACUGUGAUGAAGGCUGGGAGGGCAGCGAUUGCUCCCGCCCCAGCUGCCCCAACAAUUGCAAUGGCAAUGGACGCUGUGUUGAUGGCAAAUGCAUCUGCAGCAAACCCUACGUUGGUGAAGACUGCAGUCAGCGGCUGUGCCCUAUGAACUGCAGUGGCAAUGGGAUCUGCAACAAUGGUGUGUGCCAAUGCUAUGAGAAGUUCAUUCGAGAUGACUGCAGCGAGAAGAGAUGCCCCAAUGACUGCAGCGGCAACGGUUUCUGUGACAGCGGCGAGUGCUACUGCCACGAUGGUUUCAUUGGGCUUGACUGCUCCCAGGUCAUUGCUCCUCAGAAUGUGCAGCUGCUGUCGACCACAGAAGAUUCUUUGACCUUCAGCUGGGAUCAGGUGCUCGACGUGGAUUAUUACCUCCUCAGCUAUUAUCCGAUAGGGCAUGAGGCCUCCGCAGUACAAGUCAGAGUGCCCAAAGGACAGCUCAGCUAUGAGAUCCCGGGCCUUCAUCCUAGCACAAAGUAUCAGAUCACACUUCGUUAUGUGAAGAAGGGGAUUUCCAGUAACCCAGAACACCUACAAGCAAGGACAGCUCUAUCUGCAGUUAGCGCUGCCUGGGUGACAGAGGAGAUGGAGGACUCGCUGGAAGUGGAGUGGGAGAACCCCCCAACAGAGCCGGACUAUUUUAAACUGAGGUUCAGCUCACCGCAAGGACAGGAGAAGGAGGUGGUGGUGCCUAAAAGCAGCGAACCAAAGAGCAGAUACAUCAUCAGCGGCCUGAAGCCUGGCACAGAGUACAAGAUCACUGUCAUAUCCGUGAAGGAUGAGAUUGAAGGAAAACCAUCUAUAGUGAAUGGCCGAACUGAAAUUGACAGCCCAACAAACCUGGUGACAGACCGAGUGACAGAGGACACAGCCACCAUCUCCUGGAAUGAGGUGCAGGCUCCCAUAGACAGAUACGUGGUGAGCUACACCUCAGCUGAUGGGAACACCAGAGAGAGAGCCGUGGGGAAAGACCAGAGCACCAUCACCCUGACAGGUCUGAAGCCAGGCCUGGAGUACAUCAUCUACAUCUGGGCUGAGAAGGGAGGCCAGAAGAGCAAAAGGGCAAACACUAAAGCUGUGACAGAAAUUGACAGCCCAACUAACCUGGUCACCAAUCAAGUGACAGAGGACACAGCCACCAUUUCCUGGAACAGGGUCCAGGCUCCCAUAGACAGAUACAUGGUGAGCUAUACCUCAGCUGAUGGGGACACCAGAGAGAUAGCUGUGGGGAAAGACCAGAGCACCACCGCCCUGACGGGUCUGAAGCCAGGCAGAGAGUACAACAUCUACAUCUGGGCUGAGAAGGGAGGCCAGCAGAGCAAGAGGACAAACACUAAAGCUGUGACAGACAUUGACAGCCCAAUUAACCUGGUGACCGACCGAGUGACAGAGGGCACGGCCACCAUCUCCUGGAACAGAGUCCAGGCUCCCAUAGACAGAUACAUGGUGAGCUACACCUCAGCUGAUGGGGACACCAGAGAGAUAGCUGUGGGGAAAGAGAAGAGCAUCAUCACUCUAAUGGAUCUGAUGCCAGGCAUGGAGUACAUCAUCUAUAUCUGGGCUGAGAAGGGAGGCCAGCAGAGCAAGAGAGCAAACACAAAAGCUGUGACAGAAAUUGACUCUCCCAAGAACCUCCAUGUAUCAGAUGUGACACACAGCAGUGGUGUAGUUACCUGGACACCGCCUGUUGCACAGAUCAGUGGCUACACUCUGACCUACCAGGCUCCAGAUGGCACCAGCAAGGAAGUGCAACUGGGUCCUAAUGAGCAAAGGUUCAUACUGGAAGGCCUGGGACAAGGAGUGAGGUACACAGUCUACGUGGUGGCCUUUAAGGGAGACCGCUGGAGCAGAAAGGCAGCCAAUACCUUCUUGACAGUUGCCUUCCUCUACCCAUAUCCUGCUGACUGCAGCCAGACCCAGCAAAAUGGGAAUGCCACCAGUGGCAUGUACACUAUCUACCUGAAUGGUGAUGCUGGCAGGCCCAUGCAGGUGUACUGUGACAUGACCACCGAUGGAGGCGGAUGGAUAGUGUUUCAGAGGCGGAACACAGGGCAGCUGGAUUUCUACAAGCGCUGGAGGAAUUAUGUCGAAGGCUUUGGAGAUCCUCUGGGGGAAUUCUGGCUUGGUCUUGACAAGCUGCACAAUCUCACUAGCAGUACACCCAUUCAAUAUGAGAUCCGGGUGGAUCUGCAGACCUCCAAUGACUCUGCCUAUGCUGUCUAUGACUUCUUCCAGGUGGCUUCGAGCAAGGAUAAGUACAGGCUCUCGGUGGGGAAUUACCAGGGCACUGCUGGGGAUGCGCUGACUUACCACAAUGGCUGGAAAUUCACCACCUGGGAUAGGGACAAUGAUGUGGCUCUGAGCAACUGUGCGAGGUCACAUCAGGGUGCCUGGUGGUACAAGAACUGCCACUUAGCUAACCUCAAUGGCAAAUAUGGAGAAAACAAGCACAGUGAGGGGGUCAACUGGGCACCAUGGAAAGGCCAUUUGUUCUCCAUCCCUUACACUGAAAUGAAGAUCCGUCCUCAAUCAUCCAGCAAUGAACCAAUCCUGGGGAGGAAAAAAAGGUCUCAGGCAGGGAAGAGGAAAACGACCAGGGCCUAAAAUGGCCUCCAAGCAGGGCCGAGCCUGUCAAUUCCUGACAAUGAAAUUCCAUUAUUUUGUAACUAAAUGUAAGGACUUGAACAGCUUGUUCCAAUACUUAUGUAACAAAUGUCCAGCCUGCUGCAGCCCCUGCUCAGAGCUCUCUGGGUUCAGCCUGCUUUAAGCAUUUGGAGGCUAUUGAUAAAAGUCACCGGUCACAGAGUGGGAGGAGACUGAUGGGGAAUAUUAACAUUUACAGCUAUCCUGAUUGGCUGAACUCGACAAGGACCUGACUGGUCCAAUGCACACAGAUGAUCUAUUUUCCCUGAUCAUUAUGAACUUUACAAGCAAGCUUUAAACUCAUGCUGUGGCUUCCCACAACCCAAGUUGCUGACCCUCAUAUUUGCAAAUGCCCUUCACUACUAGAUAUUGCUACCAGCUACUACUGUAACUUCUCAGGCCUCAAGGGGGCAUUGUGAAGUUAAAAUGCAUCAUUUUGUCAAGUUAAAAUGCAUCCAGUUAAAAUGCACCCUUAUCUAUGUUGAAAAUAACCCCGUGGGUUGAUAAUUUUAAGAGUCUAGUUUACUUGCUUCUAUUUUUGCUCCGUGUUUUUCUUCUCCUGGUUUCCAGCUUGGAUGAUGAAAAGAGGCCAUUGCACUUCACUUUUAUUAAUAAUCAGCCUCUAGUCACUUUCUCUUUCAGAUCCUCAUGCAUUAGCACAAUGCCACAGUCUUUGGGGUGUCUACACUAUGGGGAAAGAUCUGGUUUUCAAACACUGCUUCUUUUGGAAUUUUAAAAACAAC